AAUCUUCCUUUUGGCAAAACAGAUUCGCCAACUGGCUCCACCCCACCAUGCACCCUAUCUACCAUUUAUAAGCAGAGCACCACGGCAGUCUCUUGCACGAACCAUCGCUUCAUCUAAAGCCCUCUGUCUAGCUAGCUCUUUUUCCUUUCCUUCGCCUUUCUCUGAGACAUUUCCACAAGCACCUUCGCCGUUAUUCUUUAAUGGCUUCAAGCUCUCUCAGUAAGCAAAGCUCCAGCUCCUCCUGGACGGCGGAGCAGAACAAACGGUUUGAAAAGGCACUGGCGUUGUACGACAAGGAAACCUCGGACCGGUGGCAGAAUGUAGCCAAGGCUGUCGGUGGGAAAACGACGGAGGAAGUGAAAAGACACUAUGAAAUCCUUUUAGAGGAUCUCCGGCAUAUCGAGUGUGGUCUUGUUCCCAUUCCCAAGUACAGGUCCAAUGGAAGCAUCAACAAUCUUGAAGAAGAAGAAAGGCUUUUGAAGUAUCUUAAGCUGCGGUAAAAGUCCAAGCUAGGAGCCAUGGCCACGUUUUAGGAUCAAGUCUUAACUGCAUGAUUUGUGGGAAGUAAAUGAAAUCUGUGUAUCUAUGCAUGGAUGAAAAUCUCUCUCUAUGGGUCAUUAUUCGACCGUCCUAAAUGUAAUAAAAAUAUCCAUAUUUAGAAACGAAGUUUCUUCUUGUC